AUCUCACUCUUCUUUUUAAGUUCUUUGCGUUAUUAUUACACUACUAGUUUUCAAUGGACUCGGAAAGUUCGAACUUUUGUUUCUAUUGUUUUCAAGUCUGUAUGACCCACUUUUAAGUGUUUUUUAACUGAAAUCUCCAGUUGGGUUUUCAAAUCUCCACUGUUUAAAGUCCUUUCUCUCUCUAUUGAUUGUUGCAAUAAUCUAUCUUUCUACAAAGUACUACUACAAAUUUCAGAAAAUGUUAAAUAUUAUACUCUGUUCUUGCUUACCUUGUUUUAACAGCUCUUUUUAUGACAACUUUGACACAAUAUGAAAAAAGCCUACAUUUUGAGCUGUAACAGUACCUUUUUAACUCGAAUCUCCAACUGGGUAUUUCUCAAUUUCACUCUUUUUGAGCUUCCCAAACACAUCCCUCUCUCUCUCUUCACUGCCAUUUUUUGAUAUUGAGCAAAUGGGUAGAGCAAUUAGGUGGUUGAAGGGGUUGUUUGGGAUAAAGAAAGACACAGAACAAAAGCAGAGCUCAAAUUCCGACAGGAGUCGGUGGACUUCUUGCUACUCGGGGAGGGACUCCGGCGAGCCGUGUCACAAUCCGGUGGCCACCAUACCACCAAACAUAACGGCUGCGGAGGCAGCGUGGCUGAGAUCUUUCUACAGUGAAACAGAGAAUGAGCAGAGCAAGCACGCAAUUGCAGUGGCCGCCGCCACCGCAGCUGCCGCGGAUGCGGCCGUUGCAGCUGCACAGGCCGCGGUGGCUGUUGUUAGGCUCACUAGCCAUGGCAGAGGCACCAUGUUUGGCGGCGGCCGCGAAAGAUGGGCCUCCAUCAAGAUCCAGACCGUCUUCAGGGGAUAUUUGGCCAGAAAAGCACUGAGAGCUUUAAAAGGACUAGUGAAGCUACAAGCACUUGUUAGAGGUUAUUUGGUGCGCAAACAAGCCACUGCAACACUUCAUAGCAUGGAAGCUUUAAUAAGAGCACAGACCACAGUUCGAGCCCAAAGAAACAGAGGGUUCACCAACAAUGAUGAAAGGGUUCAUACACAAUUCAGAGCCCGAAGAUCUAUUGAGAAAUUUGAUGAUACAAGAAGUGAGCACACUGCAUCAAUACAUAGCAGAAGGCUUUCAGCAUCUUUGGACAUAAGCACCACUGAGGGCAGUCCAAAGAUUGUGGAAAUAGACACAGGCCGGCCCAAAUCAAGAUCCCGGAGAACCAACACCUGGGUGUCAGAUUCCGGCGACGACCCAUUUGGCCAAACACUCUCCUCACCCCUCCCUUGUCGAAUUCCGACCCGGUUAUCAAUCCCCGAUCACCAGAACUUCCAAGAUAUCGAUUGGGGACUAACCGGUGACGAAUGCCGGUUCUCCACUGCCCAAAGCACCCCCCGGUUUGUAAAUUCCGGCGGGUCAAAUGGCCCGGUGACGCCUGCGAAGAGCGUCUGUGUUGAUACUUAUUUCCGGCAGUACACAAACUAUCCAAAUUACAUGGCGAGUACAAAAUCAUUCAAGGCGAAAUUGAGGUCCCAUAGUGCUCCAAAGCAGAGGCCUGAACCUGGGCCUAAGAAGAAGCUAUCGCUCAAUGAAAUGAUGGAGUCCAGGAAUAGUCUUAGUGGGGUCAGAAUGCAGAGGUCAUGCUCACAAGUUCAAGAAGUGAUUAGUUUCAAGAAUGCUGUGAUGGGAAAGCUUGAAAGGUCUACAGAGUUUGUUAGAGAGCCAGAGAAGAGAUUAUUAUAUUCUGAGGAAAGGCUGAGAGAGAUGCUAUAGCUAGAAAUUGCUUUUUGAAUUGUGUGACCUAGAAAGGAAAGAUGAUGAUGAUGGUGGCUGAUGAUGAUGGUGGAUGAUGACAGAAACUAAUACACAAAAAGGUGAGUACUGAGUAGAGUUGACAGUCGAGAUGUUGUUAGAAUGUGUGAACAAAUAUGUUGAGUGUUUAGAUGAACUUUUUAAUCAGUUAUAUGUAUAAUUAAUUAAUCAUUAGUUCUA